UCUCGCGUGUUUUGGUUGCCGAAUGGGAAGUUUCUCUUUCGGACUGGAGGCGAUCAUGGCGGACGUGCAGGCUGUAUCUCCUGGCGAUAGCGAUAGUAAACUGAGCAAGAAGUGGUAAACCACAAUUGAGGGCUGGGAGUUUUGAGCAAUGAUGACCCCGUUUCUGCUCAGACUGGUUAGGACCCCAGUCUUUGUACAGAGAGUCCUUAAAGAGGAUGUCCUGGUGAAGCAUCUUUCUACCUUCCCUGCUCUCUACAAGGAUCAGGAGCUUCUUAAGAAACAAAGUGAGUUAAAAAGGCGAAUGAAAGCCGAGAAAAAAGCAGCUGAAAAGGAGGCGAAACAAAAAGAACAAAAUGAGAAGUUGCCUAGCGCGGAGACAGAAGUUAUUGAUGAGGAAACACUUGACCCCAAUCAAUACUUCAAAAUUCGUUCUCAAGCCAUCCAGCAGCUAAAGGGUACCAGGGAUGACCCAUAUCCCCACAAGUUCCAUGUUGAUAUGUCGCUGACGGAGUUUGUUCAGAAAUACAACAAUCUACAGACCGGGGAGCACUUGCCGGAUUUGAUUAGCGUUGCAGGCAGGAUCCAUGCCAAGCGUGUUUCUGGGGCCAAGCUAAUAUUCUAUGAUCUGCGCGGGGAAGGCAUGAAGUUGCAAGUAAUGGCUAAUUCCAAAUAUUACAAAUCCGAGGAAGAGUUCUUCGCGAUGAACAACCGCCUGCGCCGUGGGGAUAUCAUCGGAGUGCGGGGAAAUCCAGGGAAGACUAAAAAAGGGGAGCUAAGUAUUAUACCCCAUGAGAUGACCCUUCUGUCUCCGUGUCUGCAUAUGUUACCGCAUCUCCACUUUGGCCUGAAGGACAAGGAAACCCGAUUCCGCCAGCGGUACCUAGAUCUUAUCUUGAAUGAUUAUGUGAGGCAGAAAUUUGUUACGCGUGCCAAAAUUAUAACCUAUCUCAGGAGGUUUCUGGACGACUUGGGAUUCCUUGAGAUUGAGACACCAAUGAUGAACGUGAUUCCCGGAGGUGCGGUGGCUAAACCAUUCAUCACCCAUCACAAUGAUUUGGACAUGGACCUUUAUAUGAGGAUAGCACCUGAGCUGUAUCAUAAGAUGCUCGUGGUCGGUGGCAUUGACCGAGUUUAUGAAGUUGGCAGGCAGUUCCGUAAUGAAGGAAUAGACCUCACUCACAAUCCAGAGUUUACUACCUGUGAAUUUUAUAUGGCUUACGCUGACUACCACGACCUCAUGGAAAUUACAGAAAAGCUGCUCUCAGGGAUGGUUAAGCACAUAACUGGUGACUACAAAGUCACUUACCAUCCGGACGGUCCAGAAGGUCAGACGUACGUACUGGAUUUCACCCCUCCGUUCAGGAGAAUAAGCAUGGUGCACGAAUUGGAAAAAGUCUUGGGGAAGAAGCUCCCUGCCACAGACCAGUUCCACACAGAGGAAACUCGCAAGCUCCUUGAUGACAUUUGCGUGGAGAGAGCCGUGGAGUGCCCGGCACCUAGAACCAUCGCAAGAUUGCUGGACAAGCUUGUUGGUGAAUUUCUGGAGGUGACCUGUAUCAACCCAACCUUUAUCUGCGACCAUCCGCAAAUCAUGAGUCCCCUAGCUAAAUGGCACCGUUCUGAGAAGGGUCUGACUGAGAGAUUUGAACUGUUUGUCAUGAAAAAGGAGAUCUGUAACGCUUAUACUGAGAUGAAUGACCCUAUCAAGCAGCGGGAAAUGUUUGAGGAUCAAGCUAAGGCCAAAGCUGCAGGUGAUGAUGAGGCAAUGUUUAUCGACGAGACUUUCUGUACUGCAUUAGAAUAUGGUCUUCCUCCGACCGCUGGAUGGGGAAUGGGCAUUGACCGGUUGGCCAUGUUCCUUACUGACUCUAAUAAUAUAAAGGAGGUACUUCUGUUUCCUGCAAUGAAACCUGAUGACAAUAAGAAGGAGUCCGCUCCUAGCCAAAACUCCGACGGGACGUCUGUUUAAACAUAAGACGGGUUUCCUUUUAAAGUAUUUGUUCUUGUCUGAGAAUUCUGUCCUGUGAAAAAGUUACUGCUCUUUAUACGGAGAAGAAAUAAAUGAAACACACUGUGCA